AUGUUAGAAGAAGAGAAAUUGAAGUUAUUGGAGAGUCCUCAUGUGUAUGAUUCCAGUGAGGUAUUAAAACAUUAUUCAGUUAACUUGGAUUACGGCUUGAAUGACGAACAAGUUAUUUUACACCGUGAAUUGUUAGGAUCGCAUUCGUUUCUAAAGCCAAAAAAAUUGUCACUUCUGCACUUAUUCAUCCAACAGUUCGAUGAUUUGCUUGUUAAGAUACUAUUGAGCGCAGCCAUCGUUAGCUUCUUUUUCACCUGUUUUGACCCUCACGAGACGAAGAACAUCUCCUCCUUUAUCGAGCCGAUUGUAAUACUUUUCAUUUUAAUUUUGAACGCAUUGGUUGGAGUUUGGCAAGAAGCAAACGCAGAGAAGGCAUUGGACGCACUUAAAAAGCUGCAACCGACAUUGACAACAUGUUUAAGGAACGGAGUAUGGACGACGUUCGACACGGAGAAUUUAGUAGUAGGUGAUAUAGUUAAAGUUAAAAAUGGAGAUAAAAUCCCAGCAGACCUACGACUUGUAAAGGUAUUAUCGACAGCACUAUUAGUUGAGCAAUCACAAUUAACUGGCGAAUCAUUAUUAAUAUAUAAGACAACGGAAGCACUGGAUAAGAGUGAAAAAACAUGCGAUCUCCAAACUAAGCGUAAUAUAUUAUUCGGAAGCACUACAGUAUGCAGCGGAACAGGAAUAGGAGUUGUAGUGGCGGUUGGAAUGGACACUGAAAUCGGUACAAUCCAAUCAGCAGUAAUUGAAGCAAGUACCGAGAAUACCACAACUCCACUGCAAAAGAUGUUGCACGACUUCGGAAACUCACUCUCGAAAGCAAUCAGCGUCAUCUGUUUGCUCGUAUGGUUAAUAAACGUUAAGAAUUUUAAUGAUCCAGCGCACGGAUCAAUUAUCAGAGGCUCCAUUUAUUAUUUUAAAAUUGCAAUUGCACUUGCAGUCGCCGCUAUUCCUGAGGGUCUACCAGCAGUUAUCACAACGUGUUUAGCUCUCGGAACCAGGAAAAUGGCAAAAAAGAACGCUAUUGUAAGGAAGCUCCCAUCAAUUGAAACUCUUGGCUGUACCACUGUCAUUUGUAGUGAUAAAACAGGGACUCUCACCACUAACAAAAUGACGACCGUAGUUGUCAAUUUAUUCAAUCAACAAAAUAAACUUCGAUAUAUACACAUGCCACAUCAAGGCGAUGGAAUAAGGGUGACAAUGGGAGGAUUUGGAGAGAAUGGUAUGUAUGUAGCGCAGUCAUUUGACGGACCAGUUGAAAACCUGACCCACACGUUCCUCAAAUGCGCGUCUCUAUGUUCAGAUGUCACAUUCUCAACACUUCAUCAUAAAAAUAAUCGUAAACUUAGUAGAUUUAGUAGUAGCGGGAUGGAUGACGAUGGGUUGGUGUUGGAGGGAGAGCCGACGGAAGUGGCGAUAAUUGAAAUGGUUAAUAAUUUGGGUAAAUUUUUAACGCAGUGCGAUUCAUCACACUUGGAUCAGAUGGGUCAAGUCAUAUUCUCAUCACCAGUAGAAGAAAAUAAUAGUAGUAACAUCAAAAAAAUGAAAAGAUGGAAAAAAAACUUACUACAAAAUAAUAAUCUAGUUAAUCGUAGUCGUUCAGAUUCCCCCAACUCUCACGCUAACACAAAUUCCAGUGCAGAGUCUAAUACGAAUACAAAUACGGAAUUAGUUAAUGAUGUGGAAACAGAUGAUGGAAUGAGUAAAGUAAGGAAUGAAACAUCAACAUUGAAGAAAGGACAAUUAACAGGUAGAGCAGGACAAACAGUACCGAUACCAAUUUCAGCACUAUACCGUAAAUAUCUAAUCAAAGAAGCGACUUUGGAGUUCUGUAGAAGUAGGAAAAUGAUGUCAGUAAUUUGCACACAUAGUGGAAGUUGUGUGGGAAACAGUAGUGGAGGUAAAGGAAGUGGUAGGAGUAAUAAGAAUAAAAUGUAUUUAUAUAGUAAAGGAGCACCAGAAAGUAUAUUGGAAGUGUGUACAAGUUACAUGCUACCGGAUGGUUCAGUAAAUAAAUUAUCUAAAUCAGAAAAAACUGAAAUAUUGGAUCAUGUAAAACAAUUAGCAAAUGAAGCUUUGAGAGUAUUGGCGUUCUCAUACAGAUCAGCAUCCCAGAAAGAUCUAGACCUAUACAAUACACUACUACACUCUAGCCCUAAUACCACCACUAAUGCUAACGACACUAUGAAGAAUAACAGUGUAUUCAGUAAGAUCGAGAAGGAUAUGGUAUUUUUGGGCUUAGUUGGAAUAAUGGACCCGCCAAGACCAGAAGUUAAGGAUAGCAUAAGUAAAUGCAUGAGAGCUGGAAUUAGAGUAAUUAUGAUCACAGGCGAUAAUAAACUCACAGCUGAAGCUAUUGCCAGAAAAGUUGGAAUCAUCAAAAUUCCACUCUCCAUCUCAAAUCCGAGUCUAAGUCUGAGUCCUGCAAACGCCAAUUUUUGUGGGAGUCCUAAAUUUAGUUAUGCAAAUCCUAAAUUUAGUUACUCCAGUCCUAAAUUUGGUCAUGCCAGUCCUUCCAACUCGAGGUUUGGAGGCAGCCCGAAAUUUAGCGGGUUAUUACACGGCGGGUCUUUAUUUAGUAGUUUGACGGGAAAGGAAUUUGAGUCACUGACACAAGAUGCCCAGAGGAAAUUGUUGACGACAAGUUGCCUAGUGUUCAGUAGAACUGAACCAAAGCACAAGCAGUCUAUAGUGUCGAUACUAAAGGAUUUGGGAGAAAUAGUGGCAAUGACAGGAGAUGGAGUAAAUGACGCACCAGCACUAAAGAUGGCAGAUAUAGGAAUAAGUAUGGGAAUAAAUGGAACAGAAGUCGCUAAAGAGGCGUCGGAUAUGAUCUUGGCAGAUGACAAUUUUAAGACAAUAGUGUCAGCAAUAGAGGAAGGCAGAUGCAUCUACAGUAAUAUGAAAGCGUUCAUAAGAUACUUAAUCAGCAGUAAUAUUGGAGAAGUAGUAAGUAUUUUUAUGACUGCAAUGCUAGGAAUCCCAGAAGGAAUGCUACCAGUCCAAUUACUUUGGGUUAAUUUGGUUACAGAUGGACCACCAGCAACAGCACUUGGGUUUAAUCCGCCAGACCCACUUGUGAUGAAAAAAGGGCCAAGACACCGAAAUGACAAAUUGAUAGAUCGAACCACCUUGUUGCGUUAUAUGGUUAUUGGAUUGUACGUAGGUCUCGCAACAUGUGGUAUCUUUAUACAAUAUUAUGUGUUCGGAAUCUCACCCAAUGAAGGCAACACCCUAAUUAGUUUAAAAAAACUAAUGAAUUGGGGAAACUGCAUGAAUUGGGAAGAGUUCCACUCUAGCUUAAUAUAUGACAUGAGUAACAGUUGUGAAUAUUUUACAGUUGGUAAAGUCAAGGCCUCGACUUUAUCCCUAACAACCUUGGUUAUCCUGGAAAUGUUUAAUGCCUUAAACGCGUUAUCCGAAGAUUCCUCUAUUUUAAAAGUGCCACCUUGGUCUAAUCCAUAUCUCAUUUGUGCCAUUUUCUUCAGUAUUUUAAUUCAUUGCUUCAUUUUAUACAUUCCAUUUUUUUCAUCACUCUUCAAUGUUGUACCGCUGGACGUCUAUGAUUGGAAAUGGGUUCUGAUCUGGUCAUUCCCAGUACUGAUUAUCGACGAAUGCUUCAAACUCUGUAAAAGAUCAUACAAAAAAUAUUCGAAACCUUCAUUACAAAGCAACCAAGCCGUCAGUGAGGAUAAACAUGACUCAUUUGAUAAUAAUAAUUUAAACAAUCAGAAUAUGAAUGGUGAAAAUCUCCAUGGAGAUGAGAUGUGGAUGAGUGGAUCGACUGAUUUAUCAUUUGGUGAGAGGUUAACUAAUAGUUUGACGAGUUUAUUGGAUAAAGUGGCGACGAGUUUUAGUAAUAGCGCAAGUUAUGACUUAUCCAACCAAGAAAAAGAACUUGCGCCGCAAUAUUAA